AUGGGCCACCCCCCGCCGCUUCGCCUGAUCCUCGCCAUCCUCAUCCUUCGCUCCGUCGCCGGGGCCGCGGCCCGCCGCGCCCCCCCCGCCAGCCCCACGUGUGCAGCAUCGCGCCAGGCCGCCUGCGGAGAUGGCUGCAUCCCCAUCCCAUGGCUCUGCGAUGGAGAGCAGCAGUGUCCAGAUGGGACGGACGAGCUAUGUGGUGCUCCCUGCGGCGGAGACCCCCAUGUCUGGCAGUGUGAUGACGGCCGGUGUGUUGCCAGCAGCUGGCGCUGUGACGGUGCUGCCGACUGUCCAGAUGGCUCUGAUGAGCAGGACUGUGUGUGCGGAGCGAAGAAGCUGCAGUGUCCUGGCACCCACCACUGCAUCCCGCACUGGGAGCAGUGUGACCGGCAUCAGGACUGCGAGGAUGGCUGGGAUGAGGAGGGCUGCCCCCUGCAGCCUUGUCUGCCAGGGCAGUGGCAGUGCAGGAACCGAGUAUGCAUUGUUGCCGAGUGGAAGUGCAACGGGGUUGAUGACUGUGGUGAUUCCUCGGAUGAAGACAUCUGUGCCCCCUGCCCACCUGGCAUGGUGCGGUGUGAUGAGGGGAAAUGCAUCCUGGAGUCCCUGAUGUGCAAUGAUGAGGAUGACUGCCUGGAUGGCACUGACGAGCCCAGCACCUGCGGACGAAGCUGCUUUGUGCGCAAUGGGGGCUGCGCAGAAUCAUGCACUGACACACACUGGGGUGUACAGUGCUCCUGCGGGUCUGGCUGGGUGUUGCAGGCUGAUGGGCAGAGUUGUGCUGAUGUGGAUGAGUGCUCCUUGGAGUACGGCCCCUGUAGCCAACUGUGCAGAAACACGCCAGGAACUUUCAGCUGUGCCUGCCUCGAGGGCUACCUGCUGCGGCACGGCACCUUCUGUGAAGUAGCAGACAACGCAACACAGCUCCUGGUGGCCGUUGGGGAAGACCUGGCUCUUCUGGAUGUGCGGACCCAGGCAUACCGCCCUGUGCUCUCCACUGAGGCCGAGCUCCGUGCCCUGGUGUAUGAUCUGCUUCGUGAAACCUACUUCUGGCUGACAGAGGAGGGCGAGCUCUGUGCACGCCUACCGGGGAAGGAUGCGCAGCUCCUCUAUGCAGAUGCUGGAGAGGUGAACAGCAUCUCUGUGGACUGGUUCACGGGGCAGUUGUACUGGGCCAGCAGCCAUCCUGCAGCCAUCUAUGCAGGGCUGGGUGACGGACGUGGCUAUGUGACAGUGCUGGGGAAGGAUGUGGCACCGGAGCAGCUGACAGUGUACCCAUCUGCCAGGUCCCUCUAUUGGGUCAACCGUGGGCUGAGAGGUCGGACAGUCAUUGCUGCAGCUGGCAUGGAUGGCUCAAACCAUCAGGAGCUCACAGUGGUGUCCAUGGAGGAGCCUAUAGGGCUCAGCCUGGACCACGUGGCUGGGAGACUGUACUGGAUCAGCGAAUACAAGGAGUCCAUUGAGACGCUGCGGGUAGAUGGCAGCGGACGCCAUUCCUUCCCUGCUGUCCUGCGGAGCCACACAGAGCCACUGGGCCUGGCUGUGUUUGAGAGCCGCUUCUUCUGGGCUGAUGGCACCGAGCUGGUGUCAGCCAGCCAGGCCUCUCCACAGGAACAUGCCGUACUGCUCCGGGCCCCCGUUUCUGCCUUCACUGUGCUGCAUGCACUGCAGCAGCCACCACGAGACACUGCUGCAUGUGCUCCAGGCUUGUGCAGCCACCUCUGCCUUCUGUCCCCUGUGCACCCUCGAGGCUACAAGUGUGCAUGUCCAGAAGGACUCUACCUCCAGCCCUCAGGGAAAUGCACAGAGCUGUCUAUCAUAUACUCAUCGAGGACAGCCAUCUCCCUGCUGCAGGUGGGCCCUGGAACACACAGCCAACAGGUGCAGGAGUGGCAGGAGGCCUUCCACCUGCAGGAUGUAGACUGGCAGAGGUCAGUGCUCUAUGGGACAGAUGACAGUGGGGCACUGCUGCGUGUUGUGGGACACCCUGGGAAGCGAGAGACCAUCGUGACCAGGCUGCCGGUCUGCUCUGCCCGUGUGGACAUCCGCUCAGGGAACCUGUACUGGCUCGCAUGUAACCGGAGGGACAUCGGAGUGACCAAGGUGUCUGACCUGACCCCACGCAUCCUGCACCGUGCUCGCAGCAGCAUCCAGCACCUCUUCUUGGACUGGCAACAAGGAACUCUCUACUGGCUGGCCCGUGGACAGCCCCUGCAGCAGCUGAGUCUGUCUGGGGGCAGCCCACGGGAUGCUUGGAACGAGACGUGGCCUGGAGACCUGCCUGCGGCCAUGGAUAGCAAGGCCUUCAGCCUGCUCUGGAGCUCAGCCCUAGGCCUGAAGGCACUGAGUCUGACCAAACAGAAAGCAGUCACCCUGGCACCUGGCUGGUCCCAUGGCCUUGUGGCCGCCUUUGAGCCCUACUUGGUUUCAGUUAAUGAGACGGCUCUGCUGCUGUGGGACCGGAGGACGCUGUCUCUUGUGCUAUCAGUGCCAGCAACAGGCGUGCAGGGUGUGGUGGCAUUCGUGGGUUCAGAGCUACAGGAAGGUAAGAGCAGCUCUGUGCUUGAUGGGGCUGGGUGGCCUGUCCUGCUCCAAGCUAGGGUGCCACCUGGGUGCUGGGGGCCACAUAUGUUGUUUCUGGUGGUGCCUGAAGCGUGGGCAGGGCACGACCCCAAAUCCAGGCUCAUGUUCUAGUGCCUGUGCCUCUGCCAG